CACACACACGCACCGUAUCACACCACCCAAAGAGGAGUCCCGUCUUUUUCUUUUGGAUAAUAUCAGAAUAUCUACUCGGGGACGCUUUGGUGUAUUUCGUUGUAAAGCGUGCGGUGGACAUUGAGCUCAGGAGCACACACUCAUGCCAGACGAGACAGGACGGGGAGUAAAAACACUUUAACUGGGACAGCGUGGAGGAGGAGAGCGUCACGUUCAGCUGGUGGAGCAAGGACCAAAAACUCAGGGAUAUGUCCAGCAAUACUGGAAGAGGUCAUGGGGGUCUUAACCAACUAGGUGGAAUGUUUGUUAAUGGACGCCCGCUUCCGGAGGUUAUCCGGCAACGCAUUGUGGACAUGGCACACCAGGGGGUUCGGCCCUGUGACAUCUCCCGGCAGCUCAGAGUCAGCCAUGGCUGCGUCAGCAAGAUCCUUGGACGUUACUACGAGACAGGCAGCAUCAAGCCCGGCGUGAUCGGCGGCUCCAAGCCCAAGGUGGCCACCCCGAAGGUUGUGGACAAAAUCGCAGAGUACAAAAGGCAGAACCCCACCAUGUUCGCCUGGGAGAUCAGGGACAGACUGCUGGCAGAGGGAGUGUGUGACAGCGACACGGUGCCCAGCGUGAGCUCCAUUAACAGAAUAAUUCGGACAAAAGUCCAGCAGCCAUUCAAUCUGCCUCUGGAUGGAAAAGGCCUGAGUCCAGGACAAACCUUAAUUCCCAGUUCGGCGGUCACCCCUCCCGAGUCUCCACAGUCAGACUCUUUGGGCUCCACCUACUCCAUCAGUGGCUUGUUGGGUAUCCCGCAACCCAGCACCGAAGGCAAGAGGAGCCACGAUGACAGUGAUCAGGAGAGCUGUCGGCACAGCGUGGACUCUCAGGGCAGCGGUGGCGUCCCGAGGAAACAGAUGAGGCUGGAUCACUUCACCGCAGCCACGCAACAUCUGGACUGUGGGUUUGAUCGUCACCACUAUCCCCCGGACUCAUUCGGCUCCGCGUCCGGCAGCAAGACGGAGCAGACUUUGUACCCGCUGUCCCUCAUCAAUGGCAACCUAGACGAUGCCAAGACCAGCCUCUCAACAUCCAGCUCCACCAUUGGACGGAAUCUGACGGCACACCAGAGCUACACCAUGGUGACCGAGCCCCUACAGUCCCUGCCGCUCUGUCUAAAACAGGAAAUGUCCCCAGAAGUGACGAGCACAAGCCCGUCCCCGAACAUGGCAGCAUCCAACCUGGCGUUCGUGGAGCUGCAGGCGCUGCAGAAGCCCGUUUCUGUUUCUGUUAGCACCAGCUGCGGCAACUCUAACCAUUUCCCCAACGCUUUCAACUCAUUCUCCCAUCAUGCACCGGUGUACGGGCAGUUCAGCAGUCAGCCUAUCAUCUCAGGUAACACAGGGCGCGACAUGGUGAGCUCCACCCUACCAGGCUACCCACCUCACAUCCCUUCCCCUGCCCAGACAGGAUACUCCUCCUCCGCCAUCACUGGCAUGGUCACAGCAGGUGCAGACUACUCGGGUCAAACCUACAGCCAUUCACCCUACACCUCCUACAGCGAAGCCUGGAGGUUCACCAACUCCAGCAUACUGGGUUCACCCUAUUACUACAGCUCGGCCUCCCGCACCGCUCCACCGUCUGCAGCCGCCUACGACCACCUCUAGUCCCUGCCUGUGCAGAUGGAGUCAACCUGGAGGACUUUACAUCAGCUGACACAUCUGAUCUGAUCACGGACCAAGGCAUGAAAGUCAAAACUGGAUGUGAACUUGAGACUCUGCUGAUGAACCAGCACAUUUUUUUUCUUUUUCAACAUCCUACCACACCUGAUGUUAUUUAUUUGUCAUCACUGAUACCAUCGCCCAGGGUAACUCUGACUCAUGCACGUUUACACAUGGCUAACAAUGAAAUCCUCACCAGGGCCUGUUUUCCAGAGACGUCUCACAUCAAGACCAAGCUGCAUAUUUUUCAGCAUACAGAGCUCUUUAACACUGUUUUUGGCCAAAGACUUUCUUUCUCCCACAUCUGCAACUUGUCACCACUGAUCCAGCGAAUACGGAUAUGCAACUCCUUUAUACUGAACUAUGCCUGCUUUUGUUUACAACCAUGUUGUUGUUGUUUUUUUGUCCUAACAUCACAAAUGAAUUCCUUUUUUCUGAUCUGUGUCUGCUUGCAAAUUCACUCUGUGACUUGUUUUCACUGUAAAUUCAGACUUAAAUUCCUUGUAGUGAAAAAUAGACUAAAAGGUGACACCUUAAAUCACAUUUACAAUAAAAUGCCCACAUAUGCCCCUCAGAGACAAUUAAUGUAUUUGUCUAGCAAUAUGUACAUAUUGUAAAUGAUGAAUUACUUAUGGGGAAGUGAUGCAAUUUUACUCAGAGAAUGACUGAUAAGGGAGGGGGACGACGGUGAUUUGGCUACUAAAAACCAACAAGGCUUGAAAUACAUUUGUUUUGCGUCCAAUAAAUUUAGUUUGUUGUCAUGCUGAUGUUUGGUAAGAACUGUGACUAUUUUUUCGUAUACUGUUAUUAAUAUUA